GUAUUUGGAGAGUUGUAUUAGGACGUUUCUUAACGCCAAAUUGUUAUAAUAUACAACAAUUUAAUACAUUGUACAUCUUAGUUCACAGUGUCUUUUCUUGAUUUAAAUUAUUUAGUUCAUUUUUUAACUUCAAAGCUAAUGGUUAGUGUAGGUAUAAUGUUAAAGUUGUAGGUAUUCAAUAUCCUGUUUAGUCAAAACAAGGCCGAAUACGAAAUACGAAUACCGCCUGCGUGUCGUCAGUAAAGUUUCAGAUUUUCCAUCAGUCUCACCGCAUAGAAAAUCUCUGUAAUGAUAAACAAUGGCUGUAUUUGCUCCCACGCUCGUUCACUAGAAAACUCAUCACUUAACGAAGAAAUGUGACAUAACGCCAUCUAGCGGAAACAGCGCGUACUACGCAAAACUAAACCAAAAUGAAGCUGAAUUUGUUCAAGCGGUCCAUGAUUUUUGCGACUUUCUUUGGGUCCUGUCUAUGUAUAGCGUUAUUGGUUGCAUCUUUAGGAACCCAGCAUUGGGUAGAUGCAAGAGCGAGGCGGUUGCAAAACACUGAAUCCGAGGGCCGGAUUAACUUUGGACUUUUUGAGGGGCACAAAGAAUUGAAUUUCGGAUAUGGGUGGAGGCCACACGAUUUAAGUAUAGGCGCGGGAACUCAUCCUGCCCGCCGAUGGGCGUGGUGUGGUACAGCUGCCCAAUUAGCAGUAGCCCUAGCAGCUAGCGCGGGAGCAGCUGUGUUAGCCGCAUUGGCAUCUGCAGCCAGACACUCAGCACAACCACGCCCACUUUUACUCACUAAUUGUGCAACAGUACUAUUCUGUCUCGGCGCAAUGUCAGUGUGGCUCACCGAGUUCUUCCUCCGUCUACAGCAUAACGUUAUGUCUGAAGAAGACCUCGCAAAUACAUGGUCUUCCGAAUUAACGGCGGAUCUUGGAUUGUCCUUCUGGUUAGUGGUAGCAGCAUGCAUAUCAGCUUUUAUCAACAAUGUGUGCAUUUUAAUUGCAAUGUCAGAUGCGCCCGAUUCAGACGUCGCUGCCCCCGCGUUAGAGGAAAAAUUGAAUGGAGCUAUCAUGCUCUACUAAGACUAAUCUAAAGAAUCUCUUGUGAACUUUUACCUUUCGAACUCUAACUUUUUAAGUGGAGUCACUUAACCUAAAGGAGGUUUACAUUUCGAUGCGGUGUUUUUUAAAUCUUAAUAGUGCAAAGUUUUGAUAAUAACGUACUUAAAGACGGAUAAUAAACCAAGUUAUUCCAUGAAAGGUGAACAAUGAUUGUAGUUUAGUUCUCAAUGUUUACAAAUAUGAGUUAUGCCGUCUAUUGUGUAUUGCCAUUUUGGCGAAUAAGGCUGAAUAUGUAAUAAUCCGUCCAGUAAAUGUUGUACUGUCGAUUGUUAUUCCUAUAAUAAGAAAAAGUAAUUUUAUAAUAAAAUAAUAUGAGCCUGUCCUUGAACUAUGUCUAUUACUGUUCGUUCACUUGCUUAUUAAAUAUAUUGUUGUUUUUUCAAAAUUCUAAACCCGUUAUCCAUUAAUAUUAAUAAAACUUAUACAUUUUAUGUAUAAGUAACAAUGUCUAUAGAUAAGUAAUUCCAACAAUAUAGUAUAGUAGUAUUCUAAUCAAUGUGUAUAGUUUUUUAACUUUGUAUACCAGCGGUACACUGAAAAUAAAUUAAAAAAGUAAAACCUGCGUGUAAAUACGAAAAGUCGUAUCGGCACUAAACCGUGCAACGUCGCAGUUUAAAAUGAAAUAAUUGUGAUAGAUGCUCGUUUUAACCUGGUCAACAUGUAUUUUGUAUAAAAUUUUAAUUUUGGCUAUAGAAGUUGGCUAAGAAUACCAGUGUACUGUAGGUAAAUAUUUACCUCACUGAUUUUAACAGUAUUAAGAACUCAAGAGUAAGCGCAAAAUUAUUUUCAUUUAUUUUAUAUUAGUGCCAUUAGGUUAAGUUUUCUGUAAUUAUUUCUCUAUUUUGUAACUUUUCAAAAAUAAAUAUUAUUUUAUAAAAAUA